AUCAAUAAGUCACACCCACCACUGAGCGCCACUCACUAACUGUGUUGAGCAGCUGACCUGUACGGUAUAAACUCAGGAGUGCUGCCGCCAUUGGGUCUGACCUAUAAACAAUCUAUGGGUCUGACAUAACGCAGAUUCAUUAAAAGACCAAUACUUGAUGCUACACUUUGAGCACUGACUGACCUGAACCUGGGGGCGUUUCUCCGAAUGCACAAUGUGGGGCAUUUGCAGCAGAACUAUGGUAAAGGUGGGGAUGGCGAAACCCUGUGGCUUAAUGAAACCCUGUCACUUGGUGAAGCCUGUGUCGGUGACUCGGGUCUCUGGCAGAUACCUGACCCACCAGAAGGGACUGCCCAGUCUGCCUGUCCCCCCUCUGCAGCAGACCUGUGAGCGAUACAUCAGUGCCCUGGAGCCCAUCGUGGAGGUGGAUGAGCUGAAGCACACUAAAGAGCUGGUGGAUGAGUUUCAGAAGGCAGGAGGUGUUGGAGAGAGACUUCAGAGAGGCCUGGAAAAGAGGGCACAGAACACUGAGAACUGGUUGUCAGAGUGGUGGGUGCAGGUUGCUUAUCUGGAUUACCGGUUGCCUGUGGUGGUUCAUUCAAGUCCUGGUUUGGUCUUGCCUCGCAUGAACUUCAGUGAUAAGCAGGGACAGAUAAGGUUUGCUGCCAAACUGAUAGCAGGUGUUUUGGACUUCAAGAUGAUGAUUGACAAUGAGACACUACCAGUGGAAUAUCUGGGAGGGAAGUCUCUGUGUAUGAACCAGUACUACGAAGUGCUGUCGUCCUGCCGUGUCCCUGGUCUGAAGAGAGACUCCGUGGGGAACCACGCCAAGAGCUCCAGGCCCCCUAAACACAUUACUGUAGUCCACAACUUUGAGUUUUAUGUGUUGGAGGUGUACAACAGUGAUGGGACUCCAUUGACAGCUGAUGAGCUCUGUGUUCAGCUGGAGAGGAUAUGUAGCUGCUCACCACAGACCGACAUGGAGCCUGUCGGCAUCCUCACCACCCAGCAUCGUGACUCCUGGGGCAGGGCCUACGUAACCCUCACCCAGGAUAAGACCAACAAAGAAUCCGUGACAGCGAUCCAAAGGAGCAUCUUCACUUUGUGUUUGGAUGGAGCGAUGCCUCAAGUGUCCGAUGAGACGUACCGCAGCAGUGCUGCCGUCCAGAUGCUGCAUGGAGGAGGCAGCCAGUGGAACAGUGGCAACCGCUGGUUUGACAAGACUUUGCAGUUUAUUAUUGGAGAAGACGGGACAUGUGGAGCUAACUACGAGCAUGCACCAGCUGAGGGCCCACCCAUAGUGGCGUUGAUCGACCAUGUUGUAGAAUACACGAGUAAGCCAGAGAUGACUCCGUCUCCCAUGGUGGCCUUGCCCAUGCCCCAGAAACUGCACUUCAACAUCACACCUGAGAUCAAGAAGGACAUUGAGAAGGCCAAGCACGCCAUGAACAUACUGGCCCAAGACCUGGAUAUGAGGGUCAUAGUAUUUGGCCACUUUGGGAAAAAUGUCCCAAAAGCCCACAAGAUGAGCCCUGAUGCUUUCAUACAGAUGGCGCUACAACUGGCUUACUACAGGAUGUACCAGUGCUGCUGUGCCACGUAUGAAAGUGCCUCCCAGCGUAUGUUCAGACUGGGCCGUACCGAUACAAUACGAUCAGCCUCAAGUGCCUCAGCCUCCUUUGUCAAGGCCUUCGAUGACCCCAGCAAGCAGAACACAGAGAAAGUUGAUCGAAUGGUGAAAGCUGUAAACGCACACAGGUCAUAUACUACCAUGGCGAUCAGUGGCCAGGCCAUAGACAGACACCUCCUGGGCCUUAAGAUGGUGGCUGUUGAGGACAAGCUCUCCGUUCCUGAUAUCUACACAGACCCCGCCUAUGCCAAAGCUUUACACUACAAGUUAUCUACAAGUCAGGUACCUUCCAAGACGGACUGCGUCAUGUGUUUCGGCCCGGCUGUACCCGACGGAUACGGUGUGUGCUACAAUCCUAUGAGCGAUCACAUCAACUUUGCGGUGUCGUCUUUUAACACCUGUAAAGACACAAGUGCAGCACAUCUGGCCCAGGCUGUGGAGGGGGCUCUCUUGGACAUGAGGACACUGCUGGAACAAACACCAAGAGCCAAACUGUGAAGGUCCUCCAGGCUGUACGGGGCUAGUCUCAGUGAUCAACUGCUGAGUCCCAUUUUAAUAGGAUGCCCACUCUUAGUGUGACUGAGUGACAUUUGAAUGACUGAACCCUACACCUGGUGCAAGACUGCCAAGCUCCAGCUGGUAGUCUGAGCCAGUCUUCUCCCCAUGUUACUGAUUGGUCGUCAUGUGACCUGCUGUUCCUCUGGUGGAACAAUGCUCACGCACAUCACAUUAAUAAUCACUUUUACAGACAUUUUUGUAACUCUAAUUAUCUUGUUAAUGGGUAUAGAUGGAUAUUUUAUCAUUUUAUUAUCAACUAAUCACCUGAUGAGUUUAUGCCUCUGUGCCUUCGCCCUCCACUGUUGUGGAUCCUGCCAGAGGUCACAUAGAACACUACAGGGGUGCACAGAUCCAGUCUCCACAGACUAAUAAUCCAUGUGAACCGAUUAAUAAACUGAAAUCACUGUUUUGGGGAAAUUUUGAAACAAAGAUGUGUGUUUGACAUUCAGAAUAAAUCCAGAAAAUUGUAACUCUUUAAGAA